AUGCCUCCCCCUCGAUCAACAAUCCUCCUUUUAUCAACCCCCCACCCAAGCCGCGCAUCUCCUCAUCUCCGCACGCGCCAUAGCAGCUCCGUAUUCACGCACACGACCAAGCGCCCACAACCACAAAACCCCCACAAACUUCCACAAAGCAGAAUAAUCUUCCGCUUCUUCAUCUCAACAUCACCAACAUACGCCCAAGAACAAAACCACUACGAAACCCUCGGCCUCCCAAUAAGUGCCUCGGCAGCCGAGAUCAAAAAGAAAUUCUACGCUCUAUCCCUCAAACACCAUCCGGACCGUAACCGCAAAGACCCAGAAGCAGGCCAACGCUUCGCCCGAAUCUCAGCAGCCUACAACAUCCUAGGCCACGCCUCCAAACGCGCAAUCUACGACCGCGAUAACGGCUUCCACGCACAACAGCAUGGACAUGGACAUGGACAUGGCGUGCCCCAUGGAAGCCACAGCAGUCAUACCUCACACCCAAACAAAGGCGGAAGUUAUGCCGGCUCAAGACCCGCUAGCGGUCUAAGUAAACGACGUGGAACAUUCCAUGGUCCACCGCCUAGUUUCUACCAGCAGGGUGGUUAUGGAGCUACGGGGCGAACGGGGAGCGAGGGGGCCUAUACAGGUGGAUCUGGGGAUGAAUUUGGGGGGAGGAAGAAGGAGGAUGAUCCUGAGGAUCCGAUGGGGUUUAUUUAUAGGAAUCCUUUGGGUCAUUUCAAUGCGCGGGCGCAUUUUAAGACGCAGAGUGCUGAGGAUAAAAGGCGGGUUGAGCGGAGGAGGAAGGCCAGACAACAGGCUUUUAAGGAACAUGGUGCUGUCAUGGCUAGUGGGAACUUUCAGGCGAGUGAGUUCUUUAUUGUUUGUGGGAUCUUUGGGGUUUUGAUUGCUAUUGGGGGGUUCUUUUCGAAUCCUUUGCCUAUUCCGCCUACUUCUGCGCCUAGUGAUGGGACGCGAAGGAAGGAGGGGAGAGGGUCUUGA